UCUAACCUGGUCCUGAAAAGCUUCGAAUUCCUCCACCAGCUAAACUUGCCAAGACUCGUUGAAAGGGCCUCGACGAUGUCCAACGUCCCUACGUCUCUCUGCGAUUCCUCUCUCACCCUCUUCCAACUUGCAAUCUCCAGCUCCGAUCCUUGGCCUUUCUCUUUCUAAACCUCAACACUUUUUUCUCCCCAACUUCGCAGCUUAAUUUGUCUGCAUAAUUUCCUUCUUCUUGGCCUUCCUUCUUGCCCUGUUGGUUCUUUCUAUUCUUUUCUUUCCUUCUUGGCCUUCUCUUUUUCUUUUCUUCCAAGAUGAGACGUGAAGAGAAGUAUCAUCAACAACACCAGAAUCACCAUCGUUUGCUGAGCUUUCACCCCCACGCGCCGCACCUCGGCCACAAGCAUAGGCAUGAGAAGGGAAAGAGUCCGGCCACGACGAUGCCGCCGAAAGGGUGGGUGGGGAUAAGGGUGGGACAGGAAGGGGAGGAGCAGCACCGGUUCGAGGUGCCGGUGGAGUAUCUGAAGCACCCGCUCUUCGUGGGGCUGCUGCACCAGGCGGAGGAGGAGUUCGGCUUUGAGCAGAACGGAGCCAUCACCAUUCCCUGCGGCGUCGAUCACUUCCGUCACGUCCAGGACAUCAUCGACCGUGACUCCGCCGCCGCUCACCACCACGGACACCACCCUCACCUUGCCGGCUGCUUUGGGGCUUGAAGAUUUUAUAUUGGUUUUAUUUUUAUUUUUUUCUUGUUAAAUAUGUUCUUGGAAUUUGGGAAGUGGAGGAGGAUUGAUGAUGUUGAAAACUUGUGUACUUUACAAUAAAAAAUACCUUUAUGUUCUUCUUUAGCA